AUGGCACCAAGAACCGCUGUCGCCAGAACGGCUGCGACUAAGAAGUCGACUACUACCACAGCCGCUGCUGCAAAGAAGGAUGCGAAGCCUACGAAAGCUGCCGCCAAGAAGGCCGAGCCUGCUACGAAUGGCGCCUCCAAGAAGCGCACUCGCGCAGAAGAGUCUGAGGUAGAGCAAGACGAAGAGGAGGAAGUCACCCGCAAGACCAAGAAGACAAAGACCACAGAGCGCGUCGUCAAGCCUGCCGCCAAACCCUCAGCAAAGGCAAAGACCGCCAAACCCGCUGCAUCCAAGGCCAAGGCCACAGCCAAGGCCAAGGCCGAGUCCGAAGAGCCUGAGGAGAAGAAGCCUGCCGCCAAAAAGGCUGCUCGUCCUGCUGCCGUCAAGAAGGCCGAGCCCAAGAAGAAGUCCCUGUUUCCCGGCAUUGGAAAGAAGAUCAACGAUGCUCCUACCAAGAUUCUCGAUGUUUACGUGUUUGGUGAGGGAUCAUCAGGUGAGCUUGGUCUCGGAAGCAAGCGCGUCAACAACAAGAAGCCCAUCGAUGUCAAGCGUCCCCGACUCAAUGACAACCUCGCCGCUGCCACUACAGGUGUUGUUCAGAUCUCUUGCGGUGGUAUGCACGCUGUCGCGUUGACACACGAUAACAAGAUCCUGACAUGGGGUGUCAACGAUCAGGGCGCUCUCGGACGAGACACAAACUGGGAUGGUGGCCUUCGCGAUAUGGACAACGCCGAAGACUCCGAUUCAGAAGACGAGGAUGAUACUGGAAUCAACCCCAAGGAGAGCACACCGACCGCCGUUUCUGACGAGUUCUUCGCCCCUGACACCAAGUUUGUUCAGGUCGUUGCUAGCGACAGCGCCAGCUUCACUCUCACAGAAGACGGCCGAGUCUACGGCUGGGGAACCUUCCGAUCCAGCGAUGGUAUUCUCGGCUUCUCAGAGACAGUUAAGGUCCAGAACACACCCCUUCUCAUCAAGGACCUCAAGAACAUCAAGGCCCUUUCCGCAGGCUCCAACCACAUUCUUGCUCUCGACCACAAGGGCAACGUUGUCGCUUGGGGCUGUGGUCAGCAGAACCAGCUCGGUCGACGUAUUAUCGAGCGCAACAAGAUGUCCUCUCUUAUCCCCCAGGGUGUCGGUCUACCUCGCGGAAAGAUUGCCAAGAUUGCCUGUGGUUCAUACCACAGCUUUGCCAUUGACAAGGAGGGUGUCGUUUACGGUUGGGGUCUCAACAACUUUGGCGAGAUCGGUGUUGAGUCAAAUGCUGGCGAGGAUGACGCUGUUAUUCUCCGACCUGCCAAGCUCACAUACCUCGACGACUACAACAUCACAGAGAUUGAUGGUGGCGAGCACCACUCCCUUGCUUGCUCUGACAAGGGUGAUCUCUUGACCUGGGGUCGUGUGGAUGGUUACCAAGUUGGCUUCGAGUUUGACAAGCUGUCUGAGGACAACGCUAUCUACGACGAGCGAGGCAAUGCCCGUAUCCUGUUCAAGCCUACUGUCCAGCCCGACGUCAAGGACAUCGUCUCCGUCGCUGCCGGUACCGAUAACAACUUCGCCAUCGCCUCCGACGGCAAGGUCUACUCCUGGGGCUUCUCCAGCAACUAUCAAACCGGCCAAGGCACGAUCGACGACAUCCACACUCCUACCCUGGUUGACAACACCGCUAUCCGCGACAAGAAGAUCAUUGGUGCAGGAGCUGGUGGUCAAUACUCCGUCCUCAUCGGCGAGGCUGAAGAUGUCCCCAAAACAAACGGUGCCACAAACGGUACUGAUGACAAGGCUUAA